GCGGUAGAGAACUGAAAAUAGCACUAACAAAUAGCAUCAUCUCCUGUCCUCGCGUUAGGUGUGUAUGCUGUGAGUCUCCCCAAGAUUGCGUCCGCUGUUCGAUCACAAUCAACCUUUCUUUCUCUACGAUAAGAUCUAGUCCCUGUCUGACUGCGGUGGCCAGGCCAAGGCUUCUUCGUUAUCUAUCGGUGUAUCAAUAGCAGCAACGAAUACCAAAGAUUGUAACAUCGUGAAACAAACCGCAACUGAGGUAAUAAUGGCAGCACUUAAUCAAGCGCUCGUGUUGGCCCUCGAAAGCAAUCCAAAGGAGUCAUACGUGGUGGCGGCGGAAACACUUUUGCGUCUGCUGGACAACAUUAUACGCGAGCCGCAAAACGCCAAGUACCGAACAGUGCGAAUAGACAAUCCAUCGAUCAGGGAAAAGCUGCUGUCGGCGGAUGGUAUGAAGCAGUUGAUGUUAGCCAUCGGGUUUAUCGAAUCAAACGGAACGCUCACAGUACCGUCGAAUGUGGUGCUAGCAAAUCUGCGAAGGUACCGCGAAUUUAUACACGAACGAAAAGAGUUGAUCAAAAACCCUUCCAAAGAGAAGGAAAUCAACGCCAGCAUUACGUGCUCCCGCAACAUCACUACUACAACAGCCAACAACAUUCCACUGGAACAAACGGCACCCAAAAGUAAACCUGAAAUGGUCCUACAACCGUCCGGGAGUAAUGGCACCGGACAGCAGCAACAAACAGAAGCACCUUGCGUGAUCAAGUCUAGCCGACCGUUUCUGGCACGGAUUGAAUUCCCGAAAGUGGUACAGGGUAAUAAUACGUUGUUACGCCAGCUUGAGCUCUUAUCCGAUCAGGUGAUGCAAUACGAGGACGAGCUGCUUUUAGCUAGCGGCAAAAGCCUAAUCCCGAUCGAUACGCUUACGACAAAGGCAAAGAGUAAAAUAACCCUGUGGAGACGAUUGCAGGCAUCAAAUGACGUUACUGACCAGAAGGAACCGAGUGAAGAGGACCUGCUUCUCGAGGAGUUGAACGCCUGGUUUCGGGCGGACUUUUUCACCUGGGUAAAUGCGCUGCCCUGUACGGUGUGUGGCAACGAGAAGACACAGCUAGUCCGCAGCACCGUCGAAGAUGGGGUGCGCGUGGAAAUCUAUCGAUGCUGCGGACAGUUACGUCACUUUUAUCGCUACAACGAUGUGGAAAAGUUGCUUCAAACGCGUCGUGGCCGCUGUGGUGAAUGGGCCAACUGUUUUACAUUCCUGUGUCGCUGCCUUGGGUACGAUGCACGGUACGUAUUUUCCACCGGUGAUCACGUCUGGACGGAGGUUUGGUCAGAACGGAGGCAGCGGUGGAUCCACGUGGAUCCGUGUGAAAAUGUGCUCGAUGCACCGCUUAUGUACGAGCAUGGUUGGAGAAAGGAAAUUACGUACGUGUUCGCAUUCACUCGCGAUGAUGUGCAGGAUGUUAGCUGCCGCUAUUCAAAUAACCAUAAGCAACUGUUGCAGCGAAGAAGGGAAUCAGGCGCGUGUAGUGAGCAGGCGCUUCUAGAUGCUAUCGGCAAGCUGAGGACGAAACGACGAGCCGGAUUGAGCUGCACCCCAGAAAGAGUGACAUUUUUACGGACACGCACGAUUGACGAAUGUCUGGAGCUACUAGGGAAUGGUGGUAGAAUGCCAACGGUGGCAGAACGUGAGGGUCGCAGCUCGGGCAGUCUCGAGUGGCGGUUGCAACGGGGCGAACAGCAAAUCAAUACACGCUACAUGUUCAUUCCAACAGAAGAAGAGGUUCAGGCAAAGCAGUUCAACAUUCGUUAUUGCUGUGCAACGGAUUGCUAUGAGCGAUUUUUAAAAGGUGCUAGCAAUCGGGUAAAUGAAAAGAUUACAGAGAAAUCAAACGGCUGGGAGAGUCGGCAGUACAUUAGUCGCAACAUUUUCCGGAAAGAGGAACACGAUUGGAAAAUGGUUUAUCUGGCUAGGACUGAGGGAACCGACGAAGCCACGAUCGAGUGGAACUUUGACUUUUCCAUACAAGGACUACGCGUGAAACAAAUCGAACUAAGAUUCGGUCAAGAAACGUACGAUGGAGCAAAGGUGGAGCUGUACUACAUCAAAAGCGAUGGUACCCAAUCGCAGGCUCUCUCUUCACUCUGUGAGUGUGGUAAGUUCACGCUACAAGCACGCCUUUCUGGGGGCAAAUCGUGGCAGCACGCGCAACUUUUUCGACAAUCCAAAUCGGCUAACGACGAGUAUCCGUUCGAGAUGAACAUCGUUUUAAUGUAGGAGCUGUGUUACCUUUCGCUCGUUUUUCUGACACUGGAUAGUAGGAACUAUGAAUAAUAGGUGCGAUCGCUGCAGGCGCGAGUCUAAACGUAUCGAAUGCAAUAUACAGAUUUUUAGAUUUAGUGUGAUAAAAUACAUCCCCCACAGUACGGAGGAUCGUGACUCCCCCUUUUUCCACGAUCGAUUCAACUAGUCUUACUUUAUACAACGCCGGAACGUCGCUCGUUUGACGUUCACCUUUGACGCAGUAAUAAAAGAAU